ACUGCAACAGUGGCGGUAGCAGCAUCUACCUCGCCUGAUGAAAUUCCAGCGGCAAAUAUUGAAACACCAUUGAAUGUUGUCGAACUGCCAACAAAAGACAAUUGUAUAAAUGAAGAAGACGAUGAAGAUGAUGAUGGCGAAGAUGACGGCGCUGACAGUUAUCAAACAGAUGAUGAUUUGGUGGAGGAAGGAAACGAGGAGUCCCAAGAAUUUAGUGGUAAUACAAAUAAUGAUGUUUCCCAGGACAGUGACGACUCCACAUCUGAUUCGGAUUAUUCAGAUUUGAGUGGCUUAUCGGAUAUGUCCGGCCGUGAAUGGAAACCAAUAAGCGCACGCCCUAUUAAUUGGGUACAAAAGCAAAUUCAUGCUGGCGCUAAUCCGCGUGAUUUGCUUUCACAAAUGUUGCCUUCCAAUGCACAUCCAAUAGCGCCAGGUGUGAAUGACAUGAUGCUAUGGCGCAUUUUGGCUAGCAUGCUAUCCGAACCGCCGCGACGCCAGAAACUACGUUAUAUCAACACAUUUGAAGAUGUCAUACAAUUGAUACAACAAUCGACAAAUAUUAUUGUGCUGACUGGUGCCGGUGUAUCUGUAUCUUGUGGCAUACCAGACUUUCGUUCUAGUGACGGUAUCUACAGUCGUUUGGCAAAAGAUUUUCCCAAUUUGCCUGAUCCACAAGCUAUGUUUGACAUCAACUACUUUUCACGUGAUCCACGUCCAUUCUUCAAGUUUGCUCGCGAAAUAUAUCCAGGACAAUUUAAACCAUCACCUUGUCAUCGCUUCAUCAAACUACUCGAAGAAAAGCAGAAACUCUUACGGAAUUAUACACAAAAUAUCGAUACGUUGGAACAGGUGGCUGGCAUUAAAAAUGUUAUUGAGUGUCAUGGUUCGUUCUCGACCGCUUCCUGCACCAAAUGCAAGGUUAAGUGCACAGCUGACGCAAUUCGUGAAGAUAUUUUCUCACAGCGCAUCCCGGUCUGUAGACGUUGCCAGCCGAAUGUGCAGCAAAGUGUGAACGCUUCGGAUGCUGUAUCUGACGCUGACCUAAGACAGCUUGUAGAGAAUGGUAUAAUGAAGCCAGACAUUGUUUUCUUUGGCGAAGGUCUUCCUGAGGAGUUUCACACAGUUAUGGCAAGUGACAAGGAUAAAUGCGACCUGCUAAUUGUUAUAGGUUCUUCACUUAAAGUGCGGCCGGUAGCAUUGAUCCCCAGCUCAAUACCAGCUAAUGUUCCCCAAAUACUUAUCAAUCGCGAGCAAUUACAUCAUCUUGAAUUCGAUGUGGAAUUAUUGGGAGAUUCAGAUGUUAUUAUCAAUCAACUUUGUCAUCAUUUAGGAGACGAUUGGAAAGAAAUCUGCUACGACAAUGUUGUAUUAAAAGAAUCAAAAGAACUUUUACCCUUAGAAGAGGAAGAAAACAACGAUGAAAGUGAAGAGUACGCCCAACAGAUGCUAGAUACGGACACACAAUCAGUCAAGUCUAGCGCAUCCACAGAUAUAGCGCUACGCUCAGCUGGUGCCUAUUCAGACAGCGGAUUCGAAUCCUCCACAUCGUCUGGCAUGGUGCUAGCUAAACCCGUUGCUACAGUGACAAAUAGUGAGGCUAACGAAGCGAUUGAGAAAAUCAAGAGCACCAUAUUAGAACUUAAUCAUCCGUUAACAAAGACACACGAAGCGAGCGAUUUAGAAACAUUAGACUACUUAGAAGAUCCCCAAGACGCCGAGGAUUUCGAAAAUCGUUCGUUUCAACCAUUCAAUGCGCGCGAGAGUGAGCCCCAACAUCAUACCGCCUACGGUAUGCAUGCGCGGCACUUAUCCGUAGACUCGUCAAAAGACAGUGGUAUUUUGGGCGACUCAUCAAACUCUGCGCUUAUUUCGAACAAUAUCGUUGGCACACUACCGCCCCCAAUUACAAAUUUCGGUGAUAGUGGUGGCACAACUACCUUGGAAGACUUGAACACCGCCACAACAACCUGCGCAGACAACACACUAACCACACCAGCAACAACAGAUACAACGGUAGAGACUACGCAAGAAAAGUCAAAUGAAUUAGUAGAAAAUAAAUCGGCAAAUGUUGCCCUACGACGCAGUGUCAAAAAAUACCGUACUGCAGCGGAACGUUUGCUUGAAGGCACCUACUAUGCACAUGACACCGUUUCAGCGUACGUAUUCCCAGGUGCACAAGUAUCGUGGUGGUCAGAUAUGGAGGACGAAGAUGAGGACAAUGACAUUAUCGGUAAUGUUUACGACGACGAGGAUGAGGAUGAUAUUGAUGCAAAUGGUGGACCACUAUCGCCACUCUUACCGCCAUCAGUGGAAGCAGAGGUCGUUAGUGAAAUAACAACAACAAGUGCAUUCGCAAUUUGCGCCAAACAAACGCUACCGGUGGUAUACAACAAGAUCAGCCAUGAAGUGCACAGCAAUGAGACGGAAGUACAAAUUGUUGGUCAAACAGCUGCGAUCGUAAAUAAUACAACAUCAACAGCUACAACAACAUAUGCCUGCAGCACAACAGAAAGCAGCACAUACAAGUGCGAAGCUGUGACAGUGUCGCCAACGCCCGCGCCAUCACCACAAAAGAGAGCUUGUGAAUGUCCGCCAACGCUUAGCAAUAACAGUUAUGCAAAUGCCGCCACAAACGAAAGUAGUCGAAGCAUUGGUGGUAGCAUUUGCCAUAGCAGUAAUAGUGAUAAUGAGAAAUGUGUAUUCAGUCCGCCUCCCAUUAAGCGUAUACGCUCAACAGAUGAUAACAAGACCGUUGUGGAUGAUGUUGAGCAAACUACAGAUUUGGCUAAAGUUCUUACACCGGCAAGUAGUGUUGGUGCAGUGGAAAGCAGUGUGGCAGUUGCUAUGAAACAGCUGAGUACAAGCACAGAUAACAUGCCGUCGCCAUUAGUAGCAACAACAUUGCAGAAUUAAGUGUAUGUAUUUAUUUUGGUAUGACUAAUAACGGACCUUACACCGACCGCUUUGGCUUAUUCUUGCGCAACUUUAAUUGAAUAGGCUAGGAAGGGAACGAAGCAACAACAAUAACAAACAAAUGUUUGCAUAAAUUAAAUUAAUUUAUUUUUUUGCUAUAUUUUAAUAGAAUUGUAACUGUACAUAAAUAUAUGCAUUUGACACUUGUCCAAUUAAACAAAUAAGUUUUACGUAAAGUGAAUAUUACUAUUGGAUUUUGUUUUGCCCUUUAGUUCAACAGCUGAUGAGGACUUGUUUGGAAUAUGAAAUUUAGCUUUUUACAAAUAUUUUCAACUAUUAAAACCGUACCUAACUUCUGAGCAAUAAAGGGUCUUGCAUAAAUAUAUAUGCCACUAUCACUUUGUUCGCGUAUAUCCAUAGUUAAACAAGUAAAUUUCUGUUUGGACAGACUUAAUAUGUGACUGUAAUAUUUUUAUUUUCUUUUGUUUUUAUAAAUAUUGCAUUAUUUUUCAUUUCAUGUUUAUAUUUUAUACAUAAUUUAUACAAAAACAAAAAAAAAACGUAUUGACUUGAAUGCUAUACAUAUAAAAUUAUUUAAUAGCGCUCUUAUUGUGUAAUAUUGAAUUAAAAAUGUUUACAUUAUUUUGCUUAACUGUUCGGAUUAUUUUUGCGCAGCAUUUGUAAUGAUUUCCAAAAAAAAGAAAAAAAAUAUAUAUAGAUCCUUUUUUCGGAUUGUUUUUUACUACAGAAAAUUCGGAAAUCAAUUUUUUUAAUAAAAUUUUUGUUAUUUGUUUUAUUUAUUAAAAAUAGUGAAAAUUUUUAUAGCUAAUCAUACUUGAAAUAUAUGUAUACACCUGUAUUAUUUAAAUUUUAAAUUUUGAUUUUUCAUUAUUAUUUUUGGUUAUUAAUUUAUCAAAAAUUUUUAAAUACGUUUUUUAAAUUACUUUAUUUUAUUUUGUUUUUAGUUUACGUUUAUGAAAUUUUCUACGAGAAAAGCUUUUUUCAAACACGACACUUGAACUAAAUUGAAAUAAGAAAAAUAAAAUUUUAAGUCGCAGACAAAAAGGCUUUUUCUAUAUUUUAAGUGUUUUGAAUUUUUUUUAUGUUUCUUGGUUUUGAAAUUUUUUUUUAAUAUUUCAAAACCAAUAACCAAUUUUAUUCGAAUGUUCGCAUUUUUAAAUUUUUUUUCUUUAUUUUUAUUUUUUCAAUGUUUCGAAACCAAUUUUAUUCAAAUCUUCGCAUUUUUUUUUAAUUUUUUUUUACUUUAUUACCAAUAUUUUGUUAGUCUAUAAUUUUAUUUUUUUAUUUAAAUCGUAAAUUUUGUCCCAUAUUUUGUUAUUCUUUUGUGAUUAUUUUAUGUAACAUAAUUUAUUUCAAGUAGCCGUGGUUGGAGUGAAACAAAAUUUAUUUUAUUUUUUAAUUUUUUUAUUUUGUAGUUUUAAAUUUUUUUUUUGAAAUUUUUUAAUUUAAUUUUAUAUUAGUUAUCUUUUAUUUAUUUUAUUAUAUUAAUUUUUUAUGUUUUUUUAUUAAUAUUUAUAUAUUUUAGUUCUUUUUUUUUAAUAUUCUGAGACCUCUUCUUCCCAACUCUUGUCGUAUCCAACUCAAAAUUCAAUUAUGUCCAAAGCAUUACGAAAUUUUUACAAUUUUUUACUUAAUGGGUGUGUGGAUCACACAGUUUGUAUUUGGUCUUUGACUUGCAUUGAAAAAUAAAUAAAUUUAACGAAACUAUAUCUUGCAUUUUCGUAGAGCGAAAACAGGCUAUUUAAAAUUAGUAUAUAAAUUUAUUACUUGGAAGUGGCUUAACAUGUAUUUUUAACAUUACAUACAUAUAUUUACUCCAAAAUAUUUAAACUUUUCUAAAGAAUUGGCAUAUAUAAUAUUUAAUUUUUAUUAUAUAUUUAUGCAUACAUAGUAUAUACAAAAUGCUAAUAUAAUAUUCUAACGGUUUACAGCAGUCUAUUCUUCAAUUACUUUACAUAACUUGCUUUCAUUUCAAUAUCAAGACGAUUUUGUGUCGAAAUAAACACUAUCAAAUCCUAAAUACACAUGUACAUAAAAAACGCACUUGAAGUAAAAUUAAUAUUUUCGACGAUUAUGUAAUUUUUGAAGUAUGUAGAUAUAUAGAAAAAUGAAAUAUGUAAAGACACCGGCUUAAAUGUAUGCAUACAUACAUACAUAUGUAUAUUUAAACUUAGGGUACUGAAAACAAAUAUAUUCUAUGAAUAAAAAAUUAACUAGACGUAACAAAAAGCACAAAUUUGUUUUCAUACAACCCUGUAUGCAAAAAACAAAAAAUAAAGCAAAUAAAGAAAUGUAAAUAAAUAAAUAUAAAUAAAGAUAUUUUUUAGGUUUAACCGUUCCGUAUGAAUAUUUAUUAUUAAAUUAAGUUCAAUAUCCUAUUAUGAAAGCAUGGAUUGCGUUAAAAACGUUAUUUGUUGUAAAAAAAAAACAUAAAAACAUGAAAUAUACAAUUCAAAAAACGAAAACACAAAUAUUUAAAAAAAUUUCAAAGAAAAUAUUCCACUUCAAAUGCAAUUACCUAAAAGAGAAAGCAUAACGUCACGCAGAUCUGCGCAUGUGUGACGGCGUGGUGGCAUUUUUUACAUUUAAUAUGGUCGCCAAUAUUAUAAACUUUACUGUAACUAAUGAGCUGCGUAAAAUAUACAUAUAAACAUAUUUAUGUGUAUACGCAGAUUGAGCUAAACAAUAAUUUAUGUAUAAUAUAUAUAAUUUAACUUUGAUUUUUAUUUACUAUUUAUAAAAAAUAAUGAAAAAUAUAUAAUUAUAGUUAAAAAGUACAUAUAAGAGCAAAAUUUUACACUUAAAACUUUUAAAUCAAGCAAAACAAAAUUAAAAUAGAAACUAAUUAAAGCAAGUCAAAAGAUUAUAAAGAAAAACAGCAUUGCAAUGCAGAACUUAGCGCAAAAUAAAGUUGAUUAUAAUGAUAUUUAAGAGCUUUUAACAAAUUCUCUAAGCAAAUAGUUUACAGAACUUACAAAAAUUGCAAAACGCAAAAUCGCGCAGCGGCAAAGUCAAGAGGCAUGUAGUCUUAGUUGGCUGCGUCUGAAGAGAGAAUUACUAAGAAGAAAAAAAUUUACACACAUACAAAUUUACAUAUAUAAAAU